AAAAAGACUAUCUUCCGCGAAGAAAAAUUUUCAGUUGUUAGCCUUCAGCGAGUAGUCAUUGGGUGAGGUGUGGGUCAGGCAGAUCUGCUCAGAAGUUAAACUAGUUCGACAAUUUGCAAAUUGAAAGAGUGUUCUCUGGUGUUGGUCUUGUUGGAGUAGUAUAACUUGAUAUGGCCUUAAGCGCGACAAAGCUAUUGCGCUCCAAUUUAUUUUCCAGCGCCAAACUCGUGGGAACCCUUUCAUUACACAGCAAAUAUCUUAAUACAGGCGAUUCUUACAACUUUAUCAAAGUGGAAAAGAAAGGGGCAAAGAACAAUGUUGCUUUGAUAUAUUUAAAUCGACCUGAUGCACUCAAUGCUCUAAAUGAUGGCAUCAUUAGUGAUUUGACCAUAGCAUUAGAUGAUGCUCAAAAAGAUGAUGACAUCGGAGCAAUUAUUAUUACAGGCAGUGGCCGAGCUUUUGCUGCUGGUGCAGAUAUCAAAGAAAUGGAAAAUAAAACAUUUCAAGAAUGCAUGAAGUCAGGAUUUCUUGACCAUUGGAACAGCGUAGCUAAAUGUACGAAACCAACUAUUGCAGCUGUGAAUGGAUUUGCACUUGGAGGUGGCUGUGAGUUGGCCAUGAUGUGUGACAUUAUUCUUGCCAGUGAUAAGGCAAAGUUUGGGCAGCCAGAGAUUAAACUAGGAACAAUACCAGGUGCUGGUGGUACGCAGCGAUUAACUAGAGUUGUUGGCAAGUCUUUAGCAAUGGAGAUGGUUUUAACUGGUGAUCAUAUAUCAGCCAAUGAAGCAUUGGCAGCUGGGCUGGCCAGUAAGGUGUAUCCUGCGGAUGAUUUACUGAACAAGGCUAUCAAAACUGCUGAAAAUAUUGCAUCAAAAUCAAAAUUGAUAGUUGCUAUGGCAAAAGAUGCAGUAAAUACAGCCUAUGAAACAACAUUAGCCGAAGGAAUAAAGUUCGAGAAAAAAAUAUUUUAUGCAACAUUUGCCACCGAUGAUCGCAAAGAAGGAAUGACGGCUUUUGUGAACAAACGUGAAGCAGAAUUCAAAGAUCAAUAGGGGUUAAACUCGACGAACAACUAAUUGCAGUACCGUUUGUGGCACAACUAGGAAUAACAACAAUCGCAAUCGCGUUUUACUACCCAAUUAAAUAUAUUCUACGCAUUUUGGUGGCCACGUAAUAUUUUAAUAAAACGACCAAACUAUUCGA